AUGGAACAACGAGACCUCCGUCGUUCCGCGGCCGCCGCCGCCCCUUCCUAUCCAAUCAAGAAAGAGAGUCAUUGUUUCUCAAAGAGAAAGAAAGAUCACCAUCACCAAGUCAGCGGCGGCAUAACGGCGUCUAUGCCCGACGACGUGCUUGCCGACAUCUUCACCCGGUUGCGGGACAUGGCCACCGUUGUCCGCUGCGCCGCCACGUGCCGGCGAUGGGGCCACCUCGUGGCCACCAGGGCAGCGGUCAUCUCCCCCUGCAUGCCGCCCCUCGGCCGCUUCUUCCCCAGCCUUGCCGUUGGUCUCUUCCACCAGGAGAACGACUGGCCGCCCACUACGCGCACAAGGGACCCGCCAUCGCAGCGGCCGUGUUUUAUCGCAACGGCCUCAGGCACACGUUUCAUCCGUGGUGAUGACCAGAGCUCUUUAGCUAUCUUGGGGCUAGAUGGAGGCGACCGGCUUCUGGACCACUCCCGUCCCAUUGCAUCCCGGAAUGGCCGCCUCGUUCUCGAGCUCCGGCGCAACCAGGAUCAUGAGUCUGAUGGCCUCCGGCUCGCCAUCUGCAACCCAAUGAUGCUUGACAAGAUCGAUGUCAUCCCGCCAUUGGUCUUAGUAGGCAAGAACACUACAAAGAUACUGGACUACGGCUGCGCGUUGCUCACCGGCCACGACCUCAACCCUCCGUGCCACCAAGAUUUUUUCCACAUUCUGCUCAUCUACAGCCACAAUCAUCCUGGCGGGCAGUCCACGGUGCUCCGAUGCUACUCCUCGGAUACGGGGCGCUGGGGACCAGAGACUGAAUCCAUUGUCAAGAUCCCCAUCUCCAAGAUAGGCAAUAUCGGGCCCGCUGUGGUACGCCGCGGGGUGGCAUUCUGGGCUCUCGAACAGGGUGUGCUCGGGGUGCGCCUCGAUUUGAAGGACCACACCAUGGACAUGCACAUGGUGCCUUGCGACACCUCACGCACGGGUCCAAACAACCGACUCAUGGGCAUCUCGCCCGACAACCGGCUCUACUUAAUGUAUUAUGGUUACAUGGGAGCGCCGUUGGGGAAACUUGUGUUGAAGCUAACCUAUCUCGAGUUUCCCAAUGAAGAUGACAUGCAAACCGGCAAGAUAUGUAGAAAAUGCAGAAUUGUGUUGGUGGAGCAAAUGGGGAAACUGAUGAUGGUGGUGACUCGCUAUGUCCGCACCAUCAAGUUGUGGUGGUUUGGCGAGAAGAGCGGCAUCCUGUUGUUUACAAUGGGAGAAGGGAGCGGGCAACCUGGCACCUACAUGUUGAAACUUGAGGAGAAUGCCGUUGAUAAGUUGGCCGAUGAUGGUCACUUAUGGAAAAACUUGCUCGGGUACGAGAUGGAUAUGACGGCGUACCUUACAUCGUUCAGCUCAGGCAUAUAUUCUUCAAACGAGUGA